GAUACUAGUGACGCUUAAAAUACAAUUUCUGCAAUUGGCGAAGUUUUAAUUUAGUUUUUCCUUAUCGUUGGGAAUUGAAUGUGUAGAUAUUUUGGUUGUGAGUUUGGCAAGUUGAGUGCGCUAUAAAUAGAUAGGCAUAAACAGAGGCAGAGGCAGAAAGAGAGAGAGAUCGAGUAUGGAAGUCGCAUCAUUCCAUCCUUCAAUUUACAAUUACACCUAUGGCUAUGGCCAUGGCCAUCUCUUCCCCUCUCCAAAUUAUGUGCACUGGACUCAGACCCCUCACUCCCAUCUUUACUCCGCCGACAUCCCAGGUGUGCGCAAGGAGGAGAUAAAGGUGGAGGUUGAAGACUCCAGGUACCUCAUUAUAAGAACGGAGGCGGUGGCGGACCGGAGCUUUAGCCGGAAAUUCAGGCUGCCGGAGCGGGUCGAUGUGGAGAGGAUUACGGCGGAGUACGUGGACGGCGUGUUGACGGUGAAGGUGCCCAGGAGGGGUUUUUUCAUUCAUCCUGCUCACGCCCAUCUCCCUGCAAGGGCUGCUUGAUUCUAUUUUCAUAUCUAUAUAUGUGUGGCUUCCAUUUCAUUUGGAUGAUUGAAUUCAUAAA